GUAUUCAACUGCUGCAGUCAGUACUCACAAUGCAAACAUCCGUUCUUGUAUUAUUAGCUGCCCAUAGUUUCGUGCCGUUUCGAGAAACACUCGUAUGUGCUCGUGCUCGACGUACCGUCGCUGUCGUUAGUUUAUCGUUUAAUUUAAAGUUUAAUGUUUCAAUCGUGACUAGAGAAAUUAGUUGCCUUUUUUUAAAGUAUAAUUUUUUUUGGUAUACAUUUUUUCAAUAGUAAAUUGGUACUUUUACCUUACACACAUACACUUUGGUCCAAUUAAAUUGUACGCAUCAACUAUGGCUAAAAAAACAUACGAUCUGUUGUUCAAGCUGUUGUUAAUCGGGGAUUCGGGCGUGGGCAAGACUUGCAUACUGUUCAGGUUUUCGGAUGACGCGUUCACUACAACGUUCAUAUCGACUAUCGGAAUUGAUUUUAAAAUCAAAACUGUUGAACUCCAAGGAAAGAAAAUUAAAUUACAAAUUUGGGAUACUGCUGGUCAAGAAAGAUUCCACACAAUAACAACUUCCUACUACAGGGGUGCUAUGGGAAUUAUGUUAGUGUAUGACAUAACAAAUGAAAAAAGUUUUGAAAAUAUAGUCAAAUGGUUACGAAAUAUCAAUGAGCAUGCUAAUGAAGAUGUAGAAAAAAUGAUUCUGGGAAAUAAGUGUGAUAUGGAAGAUAAACGAGUAGUAAGUAAAGCACGAGGUGAAGGUAUUGCUCGUGAACAUGGAAUUUCUUUUUUGGAAACAUCUGCUAAAGCAAAUAUUAAUAUUGAAAAAGCAUUCACUGAUCUAACAUUAUCUAUUUUAAAUAAAACUCCUGGUCGAGAGCCAACUGACAUACCAGAAAAAAUCAAUAUAGAUAGGAAAUCAGAUAGAUUAUCUAAUCGUUGUUGUUGAGAAUUGGGUUUAGUAAACAGACAAUUUUAAAUAGUUAAUAUAAAAUAUUGACGGAUAAUGUUUAAAACAUGAUUACAGUUUUGCUGAGCUUUUAAAUAUAGAUUUAAAACUUAAUAUAUGUAUAUUUUGUACUUUAAACAAUUUUAUUUUAAACCAAUGGGUAAAUUUUUUUUAUACAUAAAAAGAAAUGCUUAGCAAAAUUUGUUGUCUAUAAAUCUGUUCCUUUUCAUAUUAUAAAUAUUAAUGUAAAUAUUUAUGUUACCAUUAAUAAUAAUUUGAGAUAUCUAAUUGAGUUAUCAUGACGUCACUAUUAUUUACCUUAAUAGAAAAACCAUUUUUGUCUUUUAAUACAAAUAUUGUAUUAGUUGUUUACUGGUGCAAGUUAUUAAUGAAUUUCUUUAUUUAAUUUAUAUAUCUUUGUUCAAUAAUUUAAAGAAAAUUUGAGUGAGCUAUUUCUCAUAGGGUUGUUAUAAAAUAAAAAAAUAUAGCUCAAUAUGAUCUAUUUUGUCUGUAAAAUAAUGCCUAUUUUACUUUAUUAUUAAAAUAAAAAUAUUUUUAUACAAUAUUAUGAUUUUAUCAAAUAAUAAAUACUUCUAGCUAAAUUUUGAAGUAUAAUUCAA